AUGAAGCAUUCAACAAGGCAGAGAGCAGAUCUUCUUUAUGAUUGUGUAUUAUGGCUAUUCAACAUCAUGCUAGAUAUUUUCUUUCGAGAGAUCAGACCCCGUGGAUCUCACAAGAUCCCUCGACGGGGCCCGGUAAUCUUUGUAGCAGCGCCUCAUGCGAGUCAAUUUGUCGAUCCCCUCAUCGUAAUGCGUGAAUGUCACCGCCGAGUGUCUUUCCUAAUUGCGGCCAAAUCGAUGAAACAAAAAGCAGUUGGAUUUCUUGCACGCAUGGUUCAUGCCAUCCCAGUUGUUCGUCCUCAGGACAUUGCUGAAGAAGGGAGUGGGAGAAUUCAACUUUUGAACCCAAAGUCUAGUCCCCGGGUUAUCUCUGGCAUGGAUACCCAUUUCUUGUCUCAACUACAACCUCAAGAUUCAAUAUUCUUGCCUCGCGGAAUCGGAAAGUUUGAAGUGGUGAAGAUUUUGUCAGAUACAGAAUUGAUAGUCAAGUCUGAUGUCACAGAUAAACGGGCUGUACAUGUUCUUUGCAAACCAGAGGGAACUGCAUACAAGUGUGUUCCUCAUGUUGAACAGGACUCUGUAUAUGAACGUGUAUAUGAUGAAUUGAACAACGGCCAGUGUAUAACCAUCUUUCCUGAAGGUGGCAGCCACGACCGAGCUGAGAUGCUUCCAUUUAAAGCUGGAGUAUCUAUUAUGGCAUUAGGUGCAAUGGCAAAAUAUCCAGGAAUGGAUGUGAAGAUUGUUCCAUGUGUAGGCUUAAACUAUUUUCAUGCUCAUCGUUUCCGCUCAAGAGCUGUAAUUGAGUUUGGAAAGCCUAUUACUGUGUCGAGUGAACUAGUGGAAAAGUUUAAGAUGGGUGGCACUGAAAAGAGAGAAGCAUGUGCAAGUCUACUGAACACAAUAUACUAUGCAUUGAAGAGUGUGACAAUUAAUGCUUCUAAUGAGCAAACAUUGAUGGUUAUCCAAGCUGCGCGGCGUCUUUAUAAGCCUGCGCACCGCAAGCUUCAUUUGGCGCAAGUCGUAGACCUAAAUCGCCGUCUAGUGAUUGGCUAUAACUUAUACAAGGACGAUCCUAAAGUAAUUGAGCUCCAGCACAAAGUUCUUGCAUACAAUCAGCUCCUUAAGUAUCAUGGCCUGAAAGACCAUCAAGUCCCUGGCAUCAACCUUCGUGGCUGGCGUACAUUCUUUUUACUCGUUUAUCGCCUUCUUACUCUGGCAGUUUGGGGACUACUGGCCUUCCCAGGAGGUAUACUCAAUCUUCCUAUUUUGGUUGUUGCCAAGUUUCUGAGCGCCAAGAAAGCAAAAGAGGCACUUGCUAGCUCUACUGUCAAAAUUGCUGGUAGAGAUGUACUUGCAACCUGGAAAUUUCUUGUAGGGUUGGUUUUGUUACCAACCAUGUAUGGCCUCUAUACUAUUCUGGCCUUAGUAUUUGCAUUAAGAAGUGACUGGAAGUGGCUUUACAAAAUCGGAUUGCCAUUAGCAACUUGGACGUUGCUUCCAAUUGUCAGCUAUUGCAGUAUGAGAUGGGGCGAGAAUGGCGUAGAUGUAUUCAAAUCUCUGCGACCCCUUUACCUUGCUCUCGUAGAUCCUGAUAGCACAGAAAAUCUUCGAAAAACCCGAGAGAAAUUAUCACAAGAUAUCACAGAACUGAUCAAUGAUUAUGGGCCCAAAGUCUUUGGUGAUUUUGAUCCUAAUAAUGUUUUUAGACCUGAUCCUUCUACCAAACAUUCUGUAUCUGAACUUGCUGAGGGCGAGAAGACGUUCAAAGAAAUAGCAGCAGAAUGGCUCAAUACUGCAGCCACUGAGUGGUUGGAUGAUAGCAAGAUCUUCAAUUGGACAAAAGAGUCCAGUAUUGGCGAUGAUGUGCUUUACUUUCUUGAUAAGCAAGGACCUUUGACAAGUACAUCAGCGAGUGAUGCAGAGUGUUCGAAACGAGAACAAGAUAGAACAAGGCAAUAAUAGUUUUUUUUUAAAAAAAAACUGUGUAAAUUUUUGAGAAUAUUUCAUUUAAAAUUUAAUUUCAUAUGUUUGAUAAUUACCACGUUUGGAUUUCUAUUUUCUGCAUCUUUACAGCUAUAAUUGAUAAUAAAUGGAUAAAUCCAAGGAUUUCAAAUACGGUCAAUGUAU